GAGGACUUGAGCAAGAUUAUACAACAGGAGUUUGGUGCUUUUAAAAUGCAUUGCACAAAACACCAAGCAGUCAUCAACUCCAUGUUAGCAUCAUUAGCCUCACCACAAGUUGAGAUGGAGUAUCUGUCCAUGUGACCACCAGAACCCAACAGGAUGACUGGUCUUCUUACUCUCUGCCUUCUCCUCGCUGCAGAUAUUGGCAGUUUAGCAGCUGGUUAUUUAACUGUCACCACUGAGCCCCUGCCUCCUGUUGUCAUCGGAGACACAGUAACCCUCAAGUGCAAUUUCCAAACUGACGGCAGCCUCCGAGAGAUUGUGUGGUUUCGAGUGAACACGCAGGUGAUAGAAGGAGGCACUGCCAAGCAGAAAAUCUUUACCUAUGAUGCCAUGUACAACACCAAUAUCUCCCACACUGAAGAUCAUCGUCAGCAAAAGGCCCUAGUAUACCAGUCAACUGUCCGGCUUCCUGAAGUCCAAAUGGAUGAUGACGGCCAUUAUGAGUGCCAUGUAGGGAUAUAUGACAAGGCCUCCCAAGACAAGGUGGUUCUUGCUUCUGGCAGCAUCACGCUCACUGUCAUAGCCCCUCCAAAGUCUAUCUCAGUGGUGGCGGCAGACAGCCCUGCUCCUUUCAGCCGCUAUGAGGCCCAGAACUUCACUCUGGUUUGCAUUGUUACAGGAGGAAAGCCAGCUCCAAUGGUAUACUUUAAGCGGGAUGGUGAGCUUAUUGAAGCGGUGCCCUCUGCCCAGUCAUCUGUCACCAUAGGAGGAGACCUAAGCAAUGUCCCAGGCCUGGGAAAGAACCAGGGCAGACAUCAAGCAGGACUCCGGAGUUCCCAGCAACUCAGCAGUCGGGACCUGGAUGACACCAAGCUUCAGAGGUCCCUGUCUCUACUGGAGCACGAAGCAAAGCCAGCUCGGCUUGGCCAGCAUAGCCCUGAGGAGGAGCAGAAAGGGAAAAAAGAGAUAGAGUCAGACCCAGCAGGCCCGACCACCGAGGUGAUUCCUGAGACCGUGGUGAGCCGGGAGUUUCCCCGGUGGGUUCAGAGCACUGACCCACUCUACUACUUCCAACACCGUCAGCAGGUGGCUAGUGACGGCACCAUGGAGGUGAGAGCCAUGCUGACAUGGAGUCUCAACCCCCAGCUGGACAACGAGGCUUUGUUCAGCUGUGAAGUCAAGCACCCAGCCUUGUCCAUGCCCAUGCAGGCAGAGGUCACACUGUCUGCACCUAGAGGGCCUAAGCUGUCAAUGAGCCCCAGCAAGGCCAAGGUGGGAGACACUAUCCGCAUCGCUGUCCAGGGCUUCCAGAACGAGGUGUUCCCUGAACCACUGUUCACCUGGACCAUGGUGGGAGGACCUCUGCUGGAUGGCAGAGAGGAGCAUAAUGGAAGGGAACUCAUCUUGGAGCGAGCUCCUGCUGAGCUCAAUGGCUCCAUGUUCCGCUGCACGGCCCAGAAUCCUCUGGGCUCCAGUGAUACCCAUACCCGCCUCAUUGUAUUUGAGAACCCAAGACUUAAGAAAGGAAAGGAACAAUUUCUCGCCACAGAUGCAGCGUGUCGUCACAAGUCACUUGGAUUAACCUCCGUUUUGCUGCUGCUGACUAUAACAUCAGGACUGACGUGACCAAUCUAGGAAACUCUGCUACUCUUCCACUCAUGCUUUAUCCCACACCUACUGGUGGCACCUACUGUAAAAUAACCCCUUGGCAGUUCUGCAGUUACAGAAGGAUGCUCCCAAUAGAUUAGUUAAACCUCCACCCAUCUGUCUGCAGCAUUCAGUACUGCCAGAACAUUCAAGAUGUAGAAGGAUAUCAACCCUUGACAGGAGAGAGACAGCCCGCAGGCUUGAGAUUUCUUAGGGCUGUGCUAUGCAGCAAGAAGAAACGUAGGCCAGAAACACACAGGAAACAUCACAUCAAGUAAGCCUGGAUGUUAGCCUGGAUCCAGCCCUCGUAAAUCAUCAUGCCCACUUUUUCUCAGUUACAUGCUGAUUGCUGUGAUGUGGAAGUGUUCUCAUUCCCGGGGGCAGAUUUGAUUAGAAUCUGUGAAAGAUGCCUGAUUGGUCGAUAAAUUCUCACAUGACACCUUCACAGUGUGCUGUGAGAAGUAAACAAACGUGGCAGCCUCCUUGAAGAGUUGUGAUGUGGCCGACAGCUAAAUUUGGUGUUUUCUUCUUUUCUCAAUAAACAUUAUUGCACUGAGAAAUUAAAAGACAAACAGUUAGCUAGUCUAAAAGUUCAUGUUGCAGCAGUGCCUGAUUAUGCAAUUAGUUAACUCACUAUGAUUGGUUUAAUGCUGAUCAAUGGCCUCGGUCGGUAGGAGGGACAAGCAUUGACUUUAGUUAAUCAUCUCUGACAGAAUCAUGGCCAGAGCCAACUGAAUUAAAGAGUGAUUCCUUGAAACCCCACCACUUCA